AUGAAGACUAUCAGAUAUUAUGAAAAUGUAAGCGGUUAUAUGAAAGAGUACUUCGUACUUCACUUCUUCAUACACCUUUCUAUAACACUGUCAUGCGUACUUGGAAGAAUAUCAAGACUUCAAGAAUAUUCAAAUGAGUUCAGUAUAGAUGAAAACUGUCCUAUUGGCACAGAAGUUGGUACUAUAAGUGCAAUUGUAAUACCAAAUCCUAAGUCUUCAUCUAGUCUACUUUCAUCACAGUCACAGAUGAAACAUUCAAAUGAAAAUGAAAUUGGACAACUUGUAGGACUCACCUACAAACUGGGUUCACCAUCUGCUUUGUUCAACAUACAUGAAAGAAAAGGUUUAUUAACUACGAAAGCUGAAAUUGAUGCAGAAGCUUUAUGCUAUCAAGUAGUAAAAUUAAAUACAGAACAGAUGGAAGACAGUGACACUUCAGUAAUUGAUUUAGAAUCUGGUGGACUGAAAAAUAAUCGUAGCAAGAUAGCAACAGCUGUCGAUCAAAUCAAGUGUAACAGCUCCGGUGAUCUAACAGUUCAACUCGAUGUCAAUGCUAUACAAGCCGAUGGCAGUCUUCGAUCAGUUCAUCAUAUUACCAUUCGUAUACAUGAUCUCAAUGAUAAUGGACCAAAAUUUGAGCAAAUCAGAUGGCAUAAAAGAUUAAAAGAAGCUCUUUAUCGAGCUGGUAGAAAAAUUGACCUACCCAGAGCUAGAGAUAUUGACUUACUCGCUGAACAUAGACGAAUGAAUUAUCGACUUGACCCAUUACAUGAAGAAGGACAUAAUUCAAUUAAUCCAGCUAAAAGUCCAUUUAAACUAGAAAUAAGCAAUCUGGGUCAACCUCGUUUAGUACUAACUGAAGAUUUAGACGCUGAAGUGGAAACCAGACACAGAUUUGUUCUGGUAGCUUAUAGUCCAAAUCCUGUCGUGUCUAGAAACACGUUAAACAACCCAAUUAUACCAAAAGAAUCUUAUUUGGAAAUAGAUAUUGAAGUCACAGAUAUGAAUGAUAAUGAACCCAGAUUCUCAUCCCCUGUAUACAACGUCAGUGUAGCAGAAAAUGCAUCAGUUGGAUCUGUGAUAUUUGAACUUGUUGCUUAUGAUCCAGACAGCACAUCACAAUUAACCUACACCAUGGCUUCUUCAUUAGAGUAUCAUGUAAUGUCCACUACAUUUCAUAUUGAAUCUGAUGGACAUGUUCGACUACGUAGUAGUUUGGACUAUGAAUUACGACAGAUCUAUUCUAUUCCAAUUGAAGUAACCGAUGGUGAAUUCUCUUCGCGUACUACACUAAAUGUUCAAGUACUUGAUGUAAACGAUGAACCUCCAGCAUUUGAACUGAAUCCAAAACAAUUAGUUGCAGAUGAAAAUUCUUUACCAGGCAAAUUAAUUGGACAGGUACGGAUUCGUGAUCCAGACAGUCCUAGUGUAAAUGGUCUUGUAGAGUGUUCAGAACCACCGGGAUUGGUUCGUCGUCAAGCGCUUCAAUUCUCACCUGAUCCAACUGUAAAUCCUACAGCACAAGGUUAUGAUUUAACUACUCGAAUAAUGCUUGACAGGGAAGAUCCUGAAAAUCCUAUUCCAGGUCAUUUAAUUAUUCAUCUGAUCUGUUCAGAUGGUGGUUCAAAUACUGGUAGGAUAGGUUCACAUAAUUCUGUUAGUGGAGUUCGUUUGACUUCAACUAUGACGGUGACGUUGACCAUUCGGGAUAUGAAUGAUCAUGGCCCGGUUUUUGAAAAUUCCGUUUAUCAUGUGUCAAUUCAAGAGAAUAAUCAGAUUGGAGAAAAAGUUGUUCAAAUAAGUGCUCAAGAUGAUGACGAAGGUGAGAAUGCAAGAAUUACCUACUCUUUGUUGGAUAGGGCUAAUUUCAAAAUAGACGCCUUGACAGGUUGGAUUACUCCAAAUUUGAUGUUUGACCGGGAGACACGUGAUUCAUACCAGGUAACAGCUAUAGCAACAGACCAUGGGAAGCCUCGUUUAUCUUCUUCUGUUUUAAUCAAUAUAACUGUAUUGGAUGUAAAUGAUCACAGUCCACUUCUAGCUUCAUAUGAAACUGAUGAAUCUCUUUUACAAACAAAUGAUUUACCUGUUGGACGUUUUGGAAUGAAAAAUAUGUUUAUUAUUCAAGAGAAUAUGCCAGCUAACACAUAUGUAGGUGAUAUUUUAGCAUUCGACAAAGAUGAAGGAUUAAAUGCUGAAUUGAAAUUCGAUCUACUUCCAGAUCCAGUGUUUCAUCUUCAUGAAAGGUUCAAACUCUUAACAAAUGGUUCACUUUACACAAAUGUUGAGUUGGAUAGGGAAGAAAAGGAUCAUUAUCGUCUUACCGUAGUUGUAAGUGACAAGUCACCUGAUGAACCACUGUCGACGACAGGAACUAUUGGUAUUAUUGUUCUGGAUGUAAAUGACAAUCGACCACAGCUUUUAAAGCCUCAAGGACUAUUAUCGCCUAAUAACUCACAGCUUAGAGAAUACAGACGACAUAUGAAUCCUGGUGUCCUGCUUUAUGAUCAACCUUCAGAAGAAGUAAAUCACAACAUAAUAAAAGGCAAUCAAAAACGCAGUGAUCCAGAAUACUAUACUCCUAUACCAAGUCCAGGAAUUAUUCCCGAGGCUGAAAAUGCAAAGUUCACACUUCCAGAACCCGUAAUUCAUCUAUCUGUGCAUGAAAAACCUGGACAAGUUAUCUGUGCACUAUAUGCAGAAGAUCCCGAUGCUGGAGAAAACGGUUCUGUGUUUUAUUUGCUUGAAGAAUUCUACGAUCUGUUAAUAAAUGAAAUUAAACCGAAUCCUCUAAUAAGAGUUAAUCCGGAGAACGGAGAUUUAGUAGUAUUACGCCAAAUGCUACCAACAGAUUUAGGAUAUCACUUUUUUAAAGUUACUGCAUCUGACCGUGGGCACCCUAAAAUGAAAAUGGAUCAAAAGAUCUUGUCAAUACUUGUGGAAGAUAUCCCAGCGUCUGGAGCAAUGGCACAUAAUUUAUUAUCUUCCAGUUACUACAUGAGCAAUAUAACAGGAUUAGAGCUGGCUAGUUGGACAGUGGGUGGGACUAAAAACAUCCUGGUCAUUUCGGUUUUAUCAGUCGUAUCAGCGAUUUUGGCAACUAUACUAAUUACAGCUAUCAUUUGUGUUAUAAAACCAUGCUCAAAAAAUAGACGCAGACAUAGAAAUGUUAACGGAAGAAAUGAUACACUGAGGGACCGACCACCUACAUAUCCUGGAAGUUCAGAAACAAAUGGAAUACUGAUGAAUGAAAGUGAAACUUUCAUAAAUGGAAGAAUGGAGCAACGUGGUUAUACAACAUCUACCGAUAUUUAUCAUCCCUUAUUUCAUAGACCUCUUGAUCCACUAAAUGGACAUUUCGAUAACUGGAGGCAUCAGUAUGGAAAUAAUGAAAUCAGCUGCGGGAAUAUAUCUUAUUCACACGGUACCUUACCAUCAGCUGACUUAGAACAUAGUAAUUCAAAAGACCACGACAUUCUAAUAAACCCAAGGCAUAUGAUUAACACCGAUAAUAAUAAAAUGAUACAUAACGGAACAUUACAAACUAACUAUGAAAACCUGAUUCAUCACAAUCUUCAUGAUAUGCAUACCUCACUGGAGUCAACGUCUGUUAGCAUAUCUCCUUCGUCUAGAAUGAAUGAUCAGUCUGUCUCCGUACGAGUCUUCAAUUCACAAAUAGGUUCUGAUGGAAUGAGUGAAAUGAAUGAUCAAAUUUCCUUACCACGACCUAAUAAACUAUCCGGUAUUGUUUACUCUAGUAAUUCAGUUACACCAAAACUUGACACAGCUAAUGAAUUUUAUAUUGCUAAACCAAUACCACUUGUAUCCAGAGUUAUAUGUAACUUUAAUGCAGAUCAAAUGGGUUCAGAAGAAACGACGAAAACUGAUGACGCACACACAACCAAUUCCAUGAAGUCGACACUAUCCCCAGUAAAUCUACUGGAUCCUGUCGCAGACGAUAGCUUGACGAGAUAUCAGGGGAGUCGAGUGGACACAGCAGUGCCUAAAUUUGGCACAUUUAAAAGUUGUAUGACGAUAGGGGAAGGACAGAAUUCAGUUGUUGAAGAGAUUGUGACAGGUGAAGAGCAAACGUGUGAUUCUGGUCGUGGUGGUAGUGAGGAGGAGUUGAUUUUGCGUAAAUUAGAUGAACAGCAAACUCACUCAAGCAUUCCAGAGAUAAGUUGUGAAACAGGGACUAAUGUAUGGAAUAAAUCUUCAUUUCAUUUAGAUUCAUCACCCAAUUCACUUGUUGUUAAUUCCGAUGAUAUGAAUUUAGUCAAUCCAUGGUCUAUGAAGAAAACGCAUUCAAUGAAAUCAGAAUAUCAUCAAAACAACAAUUACCACCGUUUGUACCUUUCCACUUCAUGA